CUUUAUUAUACUCAUCAAUAUUAUUAUUAUUAUUAUAAUUAUUAUAAUAUGAAUCUACAGCGACUUCCACCAGAAAUUAUUUACAAUAUCUUUCAAUUUCUUCCAUCUGCAGAUAUCACAAAACUGGCUAGGUUUCAUUGUCGGCCGUUACGAUACUGGUCUCUUGUACUUUUGGAUGAAAGAGCUCAGCAGUCUAUGGAAGAUGGAUGGCGGUUAAUGCUUGGUGCAACUGUAUCAAAAUUAGCAACCGAUCAAGAUGACAAUAGUUAUGAAGAGGAUAAAGAAUAUGUCUGCGAAUAUCAAUACAUUGAUCCAUAUUCACUCAACAUUCAUUUCUCAGUUCGAGCAUUUGGAGAAGACGGCUUUUGCUCUCUUGUUGAUCAUACUCCAUUGAAUGACCAAUUGAUGGAAAUGGUAUCUUCAGCAACAUUGUCACCACCACCUGAACAACAACAAAUAAAACAACAUAUCGAUAAUGAUUCAAUUCUCAUUCCAUUUGAUACCACGGCCACCACCAUUCAAGUCAGUGUACUCAAAGAAAAAGUACCUACCAAACUACUCGAAUUUGCUACAACUUUACCAUCUGAUUAUUCUUUCCAAGUCUUGGCAGAUGAUUAUCAUGAUAUGGAGCCGCAGCGCAAACUCUAUUUAUCAGCCAAAUUACAACCUCAUUUUACCGUUCAGUACCAUAUCCAACGACUCGUAUCAUAUCCAUCCAUUCCAGUACCAACUACUCAUUCAUCCUCUGCUCUUGUUGAAUUUAAUUUCGACACAACAGUUAAUUCAUCCAUGGUCACUCCCGAUAUUCAGCUACAUAUUGACUCGUUACAGGUAUCUCCUGAUUGGUGGUGGGCUCAAUUAGAUCGACAUCAUCAUGGUUCAUUUCUUGGCUUGGAAUAUAUAUACUGGUGAAUCUCCUCUAUUUAUCUAUUUUAUAGUUGUAAUUUUUUAUCCUCCAUUCC